UCAUCGCGGCGGUUCUGAAGGAUGACCGCGCUGCCCGUGCGCUCCCCAUCUUGGUGACCUGGCGUCUGAUGUCCCAACGGCGGAAGCAUCAUGGCUCAUGGCAAAUCGACGAUUACCGUGGACGAGUACAGCUCCAACCCCACGCAGGCCUUCACACACUACAACAUCAACCAGAGCCGCUUUCAACCCCCGCACGUCCACAUGGUCGACCCCAUCCCCUACGACACCCCCAAGCCGACGGGACACACCCGGUUUGUGUGCGUGUCGGACACACACUCUCGUACGGAUGGCAUCCAGAUGCCCUACGGGGACGUGCUCCUGCACACCGGGGACUUCACUGAGCUGGGCCUGCCCUCGGAGGUGAAGAAGUUCAACGACUGGCUAGGCGGCCUCCCGUACGACUUCAAGGUGGUGAUCGCCGGCAACCAUGAGCUGACCUUCGACAAGGACUUCAUGGCGGAGCUGGUGAAACAGGAUUACUACCGCUUCCCGUCCGUCUCCAAGCUGAAGCCCGAGGACUUCGACAACGUGCAGUCGCUGCUCACCAACUGCGUGUACCUGCAGGACUCGGACGUCACCGUCAAGGGCUUUCGGAUAUACGGCACUCCAUGGUGA